AUGAGGGCCAGCAGCGACGCUCAAGCGGACGCGACUGCGACGCCCUUCAACCCGCUCGUGGCGCUGCAGUCGCUGCUAUCCGCCGACGUCAUGAGCGUCAAACAGCGUGUCAAGGCGGCACAGCAGUUGGAGGAAUACUUCCGUCUCCUGAGUCCCACCCCUGGCUUACUGCUGUCCUACGAGCCUUACCUGCCUCUGCUGACGGACGUAAUGGUUACGCCACUUAAAGGUGGCCAGGAGCUGCAGACGAGCGUGUUGAGCAUGCUGCAGACGCUGUCAGCUCAUAACCCGACGGGAUUCGGUGAAUGGAUCGCCAGGAAUACACAACUGGGUAACGAGCCGUGGCUCGUGCAAUGGAGCUAUGCGCUACUGCUACAGACGGAGAAGGUGGUGCCAAGAGAAGAAGAGGACGAUAAGUGGAAGGACUCGACGGCUGAGUUUAAGCAGUUCGAUAUGCUAUUGGCACGAGUGAUGCAGAUGUGGAGAACGUUGCUGGAUCAUACAGCCGAUGUGGCUCUUGUGGAUCAGUUGGUGAAGUGCGUGCAGGCUCUGCUGUUGCAGUCAGAUUCAGACCAGUGGCGCGCGUUGAUGUUGAAGAAACUACAGGCGCAUUUUGUGGAUAUCGCGGAUGUUUUAAUUGGAUGGAUGAUGAGUACGGGGCCGCAUAGUCCGCUGCGGGAGGAAAUUCUAACGCUAUUGAACAAUUUCGGUCGCUUGUGGGCUGACAACAGCGUGUUCAGCCUUCAGCUGAUGAAUUCGUUCGCGGAUGAAAUUGUAAAUUUGUGCGAUUCGUGGAGUGACCACCUAGAGGGCGACGAUGAUCGCCUCAGCACUUUAGUGACUUGUUUUAUGAUGGUAGCUCAAUGUGUUCCUGAUCUUGCUUUAUCCGCUGAUGGAGGCGCCCACAGUCCUUUUGUGAGAGUGCUUCAUCGCGUCGUAUCUUGUCCCCAGCCAGAUUAUUCUCUUUUUUGUGUCGCGCACUGUUCGGAAUACCUGGUAUCGAUUUCCAACGCGAGACACAGCAGCUUUGCUCCUCUCUCGGUUACAACAAUAGGGUUUUUGCUUCAUCACUGUGCUGCACAGUCGCGCUUGCAUGACUGUGAGGUUGACAAACUCUCGACAGUGUUGGAAAAUGCUUGCAAGCUAGCAAGCGCAAAUUUUUCCAGUAUUGCUGACUCACUGCUCGUGCGAACUACUGCUAUUGGCGUACUGGAUGAUGAUAUUCCUUCCCGAGUCAUCAAGAAAGGUGGACAGCCAAAGCGUAUGAAGCUCAUGGAAUGCCUGUUUCACCUGAAAUGUGUUAACACGGUUACACACAUUACUCAAUUGUGUCUGCAACUAAUCCAACUGGGCGGAAUUGGUGCUCUGAAGGUAUUCGUAAUGCGAGCACUUCAGCGGUUGAAUGGCCGAACUGGUGAAAAGGGAAACAAUUAUUUUGUGUUUGCAGCUACGUGUAUCAGCCUGGUCUCCCGGAAUCCAGAAAUACUGAAGCUCACACAUGAUGAUGAUGCGACGUACGUAAGUGCGAUUCUUGAUUUGAUUACAACGAAGCUGGAAAAGCAGAAUCACCGACAUCGCCAGUCCAAACUGACGCUCCGGCAGUUGCGUCUCAUGCUAAAGAUGACUUGCGCAUUAAUUGGCGCUAUUUCUCAGUGGCUUGUUGAUCGAUGUGAUGUUUUGGAGACUGUGAACGGGGUAUCGCUGCGUGUGUUGCAGUGGGCAGUCAAUGUGCUGCCAAGUGAACUUGUGGUGGUUCGAGAUAAUCGAAUAAUUGUUGAAACGCUGCAAUUAAUUCGAGCCGUAUUAUCUCAGAUGACACUGCUCCCAAGUAUACCGCCCGAUAUUUGCCGGGACCUUUUGGUGAAGGUAGUUAAAAUCGUUCGUUGCUCCAGUACGAGAGUGCGAGAGAAUAGUGUUCAAGUGCUGGAAGUGUUUCAUUCUCGAGCUGAAGCACGUGAGUUUGCUGGAGAAACGUUCGCUGUGUUGUUAGAUCUCGUGUUAGACCCCAAUCCUGGUGUACAACGCAGAAUCAUGUCGGGCGCUUUGAACGAGGUGGCUCAUUUUGCGCUUCUAGAGCAAGAAAAACAGCCUACGCAUCGCCACAUAUCGCAGUCUCUGCAUCCUUCUUUCGUUGGCGCCGAUUUUGAAAACAUUCUGAGCCUUUUUCAGUCCCGAGAGUGUGACGAAGGCGAGUGGAAUCGAGUAUGCAACUGUAUCUUGAACCGUAUUACGCCGCAUGUGGCGUUGGAUAACUCGGCCGUUCUAUUGGGUGCGAUCCGCCAAGCAGCAGCAUGGUGUGUCCAGAACAGACUCCGCACCCAUUUUGGAGGACCAGCCCAAAGCUUUGCGAGUAUCGAGCGAUUAUUGCAGGAGUAUGCGGAUGAGAUUCAGCAACGAACUGGAUGGAGUCCUCGAAAUGAUGAGGCAACAGGGACUCAUUUCGCUCCAAAUGACAAGCAGUUGUUGAACUGGUUGAUGCUUGAGUUUGUGAGCGCGUUAGAGAUGCGUAUUGCCAGUGCUAUUUGCGCCACCGACGUGGACCAAAGCAAUCCAGAGAGUGAAGAGUAUAAAGCGAUGGUCUUCUUCCGUACGAACAAGGGGGUAUGUGACGAUUGGCUCAACCGAAUCCGGCCAUCCCUCGUGGAGAUGGCAAAAAAUGCAGCAAACUACGAGCCGUGGCGGUAUCACAGCCACGCUGCGAUGACUAUUUGUUACAGUAAGUUCAGCAAAGCCAUGUCAUCCUUUGCAGCUCGUGGGUCAGCCGACAAAAUAAUUUCCGAGUUAAGGCAAGCGGAGAAAGAUCUGGAUGCCGCGUUGUUUAUGCUGUGCCGAUGCCACUGCGACGCGAAAGAUGCAGAUUCAAUUAUCGGAUUUCAGCGAUGGAGUGAAUCUGUUUCUUUGGCGCUGAGCAGGCUGUAUCAGCAGAACAUAGGACGCGUGGAAAUUGGCGAAGAAUACUGCAAGAUACCACUAUUUAGGUGGCUGAGUGCGCUGCGGUAUGAGGCUGAAAUGCGAUACGAAGAUGCAGCCGCAGAAUAUGAGUCAUUGCUGGAACCAGUGCUGACACGACAAAACUCACAAGACAUCAGCCCUGCGAAGAUCUUUGAAUCUCCCAUGACGCAUCUCCGUAUCUCACCUUCAGCACUGCUGGGGUGCAUCAAACAAUGUGCGAAGUGUUUUGCCGCUCUGCGCGAGUGGACAAAGCUGCGGCAGCUGAUUACUCAAUUCAUUGGUGUCGCGAAUUCUCUCAUGGAUUAUGAUUACCCCAUUGAAGAGAUCCAGGCGAUUUUUGACUGCAGUGAUGCGUGGAGCAACGAAAUUGGUACGAUUUCCAGUUUGGAGACAUCGACGGAUUACACUAACGAAGUCAAAGAUAGUCGUGCGACACGAGUGGCUUUGGCGCUUCGUGUAUGGGAUGUUGUUAGCGAAACAAACCUUGGACAAACGGAUGUUGAACCGCUGUCUAAUAAUCUUCGUGAUAAUUAUCGACACGAUUUGGUACAGUUGGCGUUACAGCCAUCACCAUGGAACGGCUAUGCGGGUGAAAAGAUUGGCAAAAGAGUUGAGGAGACCGUACUCCGAAUGGCUCGAGCAACGAAAAAGUCCCCGUUAUCCACUGGAUUUCAUCAAAACGUGUUACCAACGGAAGUUCUACGGCUGAAUCCUGAAGUAUAUGAUUCUGUAACUUGGGGUCAACUUUUUUUGAACUGCUCAAGCUGGAAUGGGAAUGAUCUGAGUUCCGACGCAGAAUGUUUGCACCUCCUUGGAGUAGCCAGAUUGGCCCGGAAGCAGCACAAUUUCAGUUUUGCCCGAGGCCUUUUGAGAGAUGCGGCGAGUUUGGCGGAAGCUAGCCGUACGUCAGCUAUGGGCUUAACUUACGAGAAUGCAAAGCUUCUGGAGAUGAUUGGUAUGGAGGAUGAAGGGCGACGGCUUCUGGAAAUGCAGUGUGAAACGAGCUUUGAAGUACUCGGCUUAAAUCACACAUGUCCUGGACAGGAAAAUGUAACUGUCCGAUCCAUCUUGCACCUCGCUGAAUCGCUUACCAAAGCUGACAACACGGAAUUGUCGCCAGUGACAUCGCGUUUCCUUGAGAGUGCACUGGGUACUGCUACAAGCGUGACCGACGAAGCGCUGGACGCUACUACUUUUUCGAGCAAUUUGCAAGAUGAACCUGCUCAUAAAUGCUUCCAAGCUGCUAUCGCAGUAUCACCCAAAUCCCCAAAAGCUUGGAUUCACUACAGUCACUGGUGCUACGAUCGAGGAAAGCGUGAAAUUGAGCGAGUUUCGGGACAAAAUGGAUAUAUUCACUUAGACUCCGAAGAUGAAGCACAGAUAACGGCUCUUUUGGAGGAGAUAGGUAUCACGGAACCGGACCGCGAUUCCGUCGUUCGAGCUUUUUGCCAUUUCCUGGACAACGGCGAGAUUAUCAGCCAGCGACAGGAUGCUUUCCACCAGUUAUGCACUGAGCUGGCACCCUUGGGCCAUAGUCCUGAGGCUGUUAAUAGGUUAACCAGAUUACAACAUGUUUGUCACGCGAAGGUGCUCCGCUUUCACGCGCUGGCUGCUCGUGGCUAUGGAAAAUAUUUGGCGGAGCUGUUCAGCGGCUCGGGUUCCAGUAUCCCAAGACAAGAAAUCACCACGGUUGCGCUUCGUUUGCUUAGCCUUCUGACGGCGUAUGGAGCUGAGGGAGAAGUGGUGGCAGUGCUUGAAGAUGUGUUCUCCAACGGACCAGUGGAUCCAUGGGCUCACAUUAUCCCGCAAUUGAUCGCUCGUGCGCAUCACCCGAUCCCUGCUGUAUCAUCCUUGGUUUGCUUAAUUCUCAAGCGUUUAGCACACCGUUCGCCGCACUCGAUUGUGUAUCCAGUAGUCGUGGACUCGAUGGAGCCUCAAGCCUCGUAUUCAAGUCUCCAGGAGGAGCGAGGCACUGCAAGUAACACCUUUGCUGCAGUAUUACAGGAGCUGCAGAACGUAUCGUCCGGACAGGUCGAAGGAGUGCGUCUACUCAUUUCCGAACUUCGUCGGAUUUCUAUUCUAUGGGACGAAGCAUGGAUCAGUACACUUGUCAAAUUAUCAGCAGACGUAUCUCGACGGACGAGUACACUGGAAAAAGAAGCCACUCGCGUGGAGAAGAAUGCAUCGUUGUCUGCAAAAGAGAAAAGCGAGUUAGCACACCGCAAGCUGGUAGCUAUUAUGAAGCCGAUAUACGUCUCGAUCGAACGGCUGUGGAAGGAAACGUGCGGAUGCGUCCAUGAUCAACUUGCUGUGUCUCCACACGAGCGAAAAUUUCUCAAGGAAUACGGAGGAGUGAUUGAGAAUGCGAUGGAGAACUUCCGUGAUUGCUGCGUGUCAGAGUCUCGGGGCAAUGCUGUAUCAAUGAAGAAUCCAGAAGAGCUUUGGCAGCCAUUUGCAGAUAUAUUGAAGGCUCUGAUGAACGCCACGGGACGUCGAGAACAACUGCCGCUGCAUGACAUAUCACCGGCGAUGGCUUCUACUUCUCGUCAGCUAGCGCUAACUAACAUGCCCGGCGCAGUAGUAGGAAAGACAGCAUGUCAAGUGGAGCCUAUCACUAUUCAUCGUGUGGAGUCGUCUGUGACUGUUUUACGAACGAAAACCAAACCAAAGUCCUUGGAAUUAAUUGGAUCGGAUGGCAAAACGUACAAGUAUUUGCUAAAAGCCCGCGAAGACUUGCGAUUGGAUGAACGCAUCAUGCAGUAUUUACGUGUGACGAACGAGUUCUUACGAGCUGAUGACGCUGCAGCUGCUCGAGAUUUGUCCGCUCAAAGCUACAGCGUUAUACCGCUCUCUAGAAACGCUGGAUUGAUCCAGAUGGUUCCAGACGUCGUCCCUCUUUUCCAAGUGUAUACUGCUCGAAGUGAAGCGAGUGGACGAGGUCCUCAGGAUCCUGUCGCUGCUACUUCAGCACAACAGCCACCCCCACCGACAGCCCAGUUUUACGCCAAGUUGAAGCAGCAUGGCAUAUCUAAUGUAGCGCCAAAUAACCGCUCGCAGUGGCCGACUCAUGCGUUGAAACAAAUCUAUCAGGAGCUUGUUGCCCAGCGCCCACGCAAUGUGUUGCAGCAAGAGAUUCUUCUUCGGAGUGAAGACUUACGAGAGAGCUGGGUCAAAAGUACGCGUUUAAGUAAGUCCCUUGCUGUCAUGUCUGUGCUUGGGUACAUCGUUGGAUUGGGAGACCGACACUUGGACAACAUUCUGCUGUGCGUCAACAGUGGCGAUAUCGUCCACAUUGACCACAAUGUGUGCUUUGAUAAGGGACGCAGACUGAAAGUGCCAGAGAUUGUGCCGUUCCGACUCACGCCAAUGCUGCAAGACGCGCUUGGAUUUACAGGAGUGGAGGGGAGAUUCCGAGUGGCAUUUGAAACAACGUUACGCAUUGUGCGCUCUGACAACGUUCGCGAAGCGUUGUUGACGUUGUUUGAAGCUUUCGUGUACAGUCCACUGGUUGAUUGGAUUGCUGAAGAUAGACGACAAGGACGAUCAGGAGACUUGAAAGCGCGCCUGGAAGUAAACGUGAACCUCUCUUUGUUCUUGUCGAGGGCGGAGGAACGACGACAAGAUACGAUUUCCUUUGGUCGUCAGUACGAGCAAUAUGCUGACAUCAUUUCGAGAGCUCUCAAUGGAUCGCAAGUCCCGUUUGUGACUUUGCUUGACCAGCGGAAGCGGCUGCAGUCGCUUGAGAGCGAAGAGCAAGCGCUAUUGAAGGAAGUUACGAGUGUUGGGGCAGAGCUAUCCAAGCAUCAGAGUGCUGAGCAGACCAGACGUGCGGAAGUUGAGUCCACCACGGCUCGUUUCAAAGAGAUUACUUCGAAAAUAAGCUCGUUUGCUGAUGAGUGCUUAGCAAGACACCAGCAGAUCGAAGCGUGGAGACAGAAGAGUAUCACGUUCGUUGAGUCUGACCCUGUGGCUCAACUGAGCGCUGUUACGACUGCAGUUGAUUCUGCGUCUUUCCAGACGGUACAUGCAACGCUACGCAGUGUUUUGGAGCAAUCACGGUCCGCUGAUCGACAGAGACAGCUUUUGGAUGCGUUGGAGUCAAAGUGCCGAUCAGUUGAUGCGGAUGUGACACGCUUGCGCUUUGAGAUUGAGAAACUCGCCACUUAUUUGGUUCCGUACCUUUCGUAUUAUGGCUUCCAGCGCAAGGAGCUGGAUGCAUAUUUGGAUUCAGAGAUGAAGGUUGCUGGCAAGGAUGUGUACUUCAAGUGGUGGACUCUUUGUACUGAAUGCUUGCGUGGACUGGCGGAACAGAUACAAGUAAACGCUACCAGCAUUGUGACAUGCAGUGCUCCCUCCGAAAAGAGUAUUGCUGAGUCGACCACGGUUCUGAGUCGUCUAAGUGAAUUACGGCUGGAUCUCAAUGGCCAGUUCAACCAGGAGAAUGAGGCGUCGUGUAUUUCGCAAGCUGACAAAUUACUGGAGAACGUGUCGAAUGCUCUUUCUGCGAUGAAGCUGUCCAAUGCUCAAGGGCAGCGCGUUAUGAAACUCGCUGGCGCGUCUUGGAUUAUCAAAGUUAUGGAACACCUGAACGAAGCGAGUUGCGCCUCGAGCGUCAGCGUAUUCAACCUCACGCCUGCAUUAACAGUGCCAUCGAAUUAUGGAGCUGUGGUAGCUGUGACCCGUGCGUGCUCCACUUUGUUGGAUUUGGUGUCAACGCCUAAGGGAUCAAUGAAGAGGCUUCGAGCAAGUGAACUGCUGACGUCUGGCCCCGACAAAGGUAUGGAUGGAUUCAAUGAUAUUCUCCAAGAAGUGGGAUCGUUUGCUGUUGUGCUUCAGGAAGAGUUUGUAUCAAAUGUUUAUGGACGAGAAAUGGGUGAGAGUGGCGACUUACUGGAGCUUAUCAAGGCGAUGCUAACUACACCGGAUAGGAGGAAAGAACUGGAAAUGGUAUUGAUGUCAGCCAGUGUGGUAAAUGAUGCGAAAUUAUCGAUACAAGCGUUGCUGGCGAAAUUACCUGCAGCCCGCAACUUGUUGACUGCUGCCUUUGCUGUCACACAGAAGAUCUCAUCGCUGGUUGAUAGUUUGCACCAGAUGCCGGUGUUGACUGGUGAAGAAGUCGAACGUAUCAAAAUUUCUUCCUGCACUAGUUGGAUUGAGUUCGCUCUAAAUGCCAUCGAGUUGUACACUGUGACAGAAGAGGACAAGGUGGAGGAAGUUCGCGCGAUUUGGUCAGUUUACAUGGAUGAUUUUGUUUCCAAUUGCUUGGCCAAGUUACUGCGAUACCAGCUGUCUAGUAUUAUUUCGUCUGAGUGGAAAUUUGAUUUCUGCGCGCUCGACCAAUCAACUUCUGAGCUUCGCGCACAAUGGGCGGAUUAUUUCUGCUCGCAGAUUCCAGACAUUCUGCCGUCUAUGCCGACAAACUCAUCGACUGCGACUCCGGAGACACUAACGAAUGAUGUCACCAAGUCAGUUACAGAGCUCAUGAGUGUAUGCGAAGAGUGGUGGUCCUACCAGUGGAGUAAAUCUCAAUCGAAUACUUGGACUCAGCGUGUCUCGUCCAUUAGAAAUCGGCAUGCUGGGCGUCUUCGAUAUGCCGCGUGGCUGUCGACGACAACGCCAGCAGAAGGUGAAGGAGCUGGUGUUUCUCGAACGCAGUUGCUUGCGUUCCUAUCGUCUCAAGUGCCUCAACUGAAUGCGCUGUUGACCGAUCAAGUUGCAGUUGAAGCAAGCGUAUUGGAGCUGGCCCAGCACAUGGAUUAUCUGGCCUCAAACAUGGGCAACGCUACGGACCCUACCGAUGAGAGCUUGCAUGCUUGCGUUCAGAGUUGUUACGGCAAAGUGGCAGGUCUCUUCGACUAUGGACGGACUCUGGCGGAUCUUGUACAAGGCAUCAGUGUCAUCGAGACGUCUGGCGGCGAGUCGGUACCAGAGACUGAGAUAAUCCAGCUCGAAGUGGAUGUUGUCGGUACGAACCUUCUUCAGUCUGCAUCGAAUGCUACAUUGGAGAUGCAAUCGUUGACCGAAGAAUUGAAUGGGACGAUAGCCAAUGUUCACGAUCUCCAAGAUGAGCUGAUGCGAAAGACGAGAGUGUAUGAUGCUCUCGCUUCGAGAAAACUCGCAGCCGAGAGUGAAUUUCACUCUUUGUGCGUUGUAAACAAAGACGCGGUGCUGAAGAUUGCGCGUGUGCUGAGCAAGAGUGUGAAGGAAAUGCGGCUCCUAGUCAAAGGUUUUGACAAGCUGAAAACUCCAUCGAAGCAAAGCCAAGCAUCUUCUGGAGCUACAAGCCCUGGGAGCAUGCGUCAUCGCCAACAGCAGACUGAAUCGCGAGACUCACCUGAGCACCCUACUUCGAAUGCAGUAGCAGGGUUUUCCUUCAUGGAGAACGAUCGUCUUGUACAGAUUCUUCUUCGUAGCAUUCGCUCCGUCAAUCAUCUACAGCAGCUGGAAGGGGUGCUGGAAAAGCACGGGGACCUGUGUGCUUCUCUUCGUGGUGCAGUCCUUCAACUUGACCGCGCGCUGCGCGACUUUGACACUCAGAUGGACCAACUCUUAAUUGACUGUGACCAAUGUGCUGGUGACGUCCAGGAGUCGUCACGAGCUUACUUGUUGCUUCAGCUACUACUUGAUCUUGUCGAGGCACUGCGAGUAGUCAAGAGUGAGUCGUCAGUUGCAGAUGCUGGAGACUCAUCGAUCUCGCUUCUUAUUGCGGCUCGAGACCUUGUGCGCGGAUGUGUGAAGCAGUUCUUCGAAGCCACUGAAAUGGCUGAUCGCCUUUCAAGCAACAUAGAAGACGACAGCCGAGCGAGCGGAGUCAUCUCCAUGCCAGAUGAAGCUGAUGUUGAAGAACAGAAUGGUGCCGCAGAGGAUUCUGCUGCAUUGGAGUCAGGAGAUAGCGCUGGGAUGGACGUCAGCAACGACAACAGCUCGCAUGACACUUGUGCGAGCAGUCCUCGAAGUGUUGAGGAGAAGAGUCAAUACGGCCUGCAAGUCCUCAAGCGCAUCGAGGAAAAACUGUCAGGCACCGGCACGGAAAUAACAGGUGCACCACCAGUUUUGACAGUGGAGCAACAAGCAUCAUGGCUCAUUGAUGAAGCCACCAAGACAGACAACCUCUGCGUCAUGUACGAAGGAUGGACGCCGUGGAUUUAA